AUGGAGCAUGCAGAACUACCUGUUGCAGUUCUAGAAGCUGGAGUGGAAGUGGCUGCAGCUGCUCCUGAAGUUAUGAUUGAAGUGCCUAGAACUGCUGGUGUUCUGGCAAUGAUGACCAGCCCUCUGAAGCCUCCAAUUGUUGCUAUGCCCAUCCAUUCCUUUCCAAGCUCUCCUGCCACUGCUUCCUUUGCUUAUCCAAAAUUGGUAGAGUUAGAAGUUAUGGACCUAGAUGCCCAGUUGGAAAAACUAGAGAAGCUCAGCUCCACUCCUGGUAGGGCAAAAUCCAAGGCAGUGUAG